AUCUUUAAACUAUGUUGAAACUUUGAUGGUGGAUUGAACCAUAAGGUUGCAGACAGUGAUCUGUUUCUAUUAUUUUCCGCUGUUUGAGCAAUGCAAAGAGUAGUUUUGACGAGAUAAAGCGUAUGUAGUUGGGGGAAAGAAGGAAAUGUGCAUUUUGCAAUGUUUAAGAUAUUAAACUGGGGGCGCUGUUGGAAAAUUAAAAUAGAAACUGGCUCCUGAUGUUUGUUGUCAAAUAAGAAAAAGACCCUGAGAAAGUUUUGUUCAUUGUCCCCACUCACCAUCGAGAAGUAUUCUAGGUGAACCCUGAAAUUACGCAACUAUCCUCCUAUCUGGACCUCUUGGCUCUUCCACUAUAGAAACAGAAAUGGUGAUACUCUUUACAAGUGUAAACACAAGUAAAGGAAAAUCAAGUUUGACGUGGUUAAUACUUUUUCAAAACAACACAAAAUAUUGAAGUAGAAUAUUCCUUAUGUUAAAAACCAGUGUAUGCUUGCCAACACCAACAACAGCAUAAAGAGGAAGGGGGUAUUUUGGUCAUUGGGCAGUGGCUGUAUCAUAUGGUAAAUGGAAGGGCAUACAUACAAACAAAUACACAGAGUAAGAAAACUGGUUGCUGUGUUUGUUGGUUGUAUCGCCCUCACACUAUAUAUAAAAUGGAAGGAGGGACGGUCUUUUCAGAGUUAGAAACUGACAAAGAGAGUACUAUUAUAUUAUAUUGAAACACACAAAAAAGUGAGGUAGGCAUUAACAAUGGAUGCAGAUUACGGCAUAGCUCGAGAACUCUCUGAUCUGCAGAAACUUCGAUCUCACUACCACCCUGAACUUCCUCCUUGUCUUCAGGGUACUACUGUCCGGGUAGAACUCCGUGAUGCAACCACUGCAGCAGAUCCCUCUGGUGAACACACAAUCAAACGCUUCUUCCCACACACUUAUGGUCAACCAUUAGCCCAUUUUCUUAGGGCAACUGCCAAGGUCCCUGAUGCUCAGAUAAUUACUGAACAUCCUGCAAUUAGGGUUGGGGUGCUAUUUUGUGGUAGACAAUCUCCUGGAGGACACAACGUGAUAUGGGGUCUUCAUGAUGCUCUUAAGGUUCACAACCCCAAAAAUAUCUUGCUUGGGUUUUUAGGUGGUUCUGAAGGUUUAUUUGCACAAAAAACUCUAGAGAUCACCGAUGAUGUUCUUGCUACCUAUAAGAAUCAAGGUGGAUAUGACAUGCUGGGGCGGACAAAAGAUCAGAUUAGAACGACUGAGCAAGUAAAUGCUGCAAUGGCUGCAUGCAAAGCUUUGAAAUUGGAUGGCCUUGUCAUCAUUGGAGGAGUGACAUCAAACACCGAUGCUGCUCAUCUGGCAGAAAAAUUUGCAGAAACAAAAUGCCCUACAAAAGUGGUUGGUGUUCCUGUUACCUUAAAUGGGGAUCUCAAGAAUCAGUUUGUUGAAGCGAAUGUUGGUUUUGACACAAUCUGCAAGGUUAACUCCCAACUAAUUAGCAAUGUAUGCACUGAUGCACUCUCAGCUGAGAAGUAUUACUAUUUCAUUAGACUCAUGGGGCGAAAGGCAUCACAUGUUGCAUUAGAGUGCACUCUGCAGUCACAUCCUAAUAUGGUGAUUCUUGGAGAGGAGGUAGCUGCAUCAAAGCUUACUAUUUUUGACAUCACACAACAAAUUUGUGAUGCAGUUCAGGCUAGGGCUGAACAUGAUAAAAAUCAUGGUGUCAUCCUGUUGCCUGAGGGGCUUAUUGAAAGUAUUCCUGAAAUAUAUGCUCUAUUGCAGGAAAUUCAUGGUUUACUCAGGCAAGGUGUUUCUGCUGAUAACAUUUCCUCUCAACUAUCACCAUGGGCUUCUGCACUUUUCGAAUUUUUGCCGCAUUUUAUCAGAAAGCAGCUUCUCCUACACCCAGAAUCAGAUGACUCUGCUCAGCUAUCACAGAUUGAGACCGAGAAACUUAUAGCUCAUCUCGUGGAAACAGAAAUGAACAAGCGAUUGAAAGAAGGAACUUACAAAGGAAAGAAAUUUAAUGCUAUUUGCCAUUUCUUUGGUUAUCAAGCACGGGGAUCAUUGCCAUCGAAGUUUGAUUGUGACUAUGCCUAUGUACUUGGUCAUGUUUGCUACCAUAUUUUAGCUGCUGGUCUUAAUGGUUACAUGGCUACUAUUACCAACCUGAAAAAUCCUGCCAACAAGUGGCAUUGUGGUGCUGCCCCUAUAUCUGCAAUGAUGACUGUUAAGCGCUACGGUCGUGGUCCUGGUAAAGCAUCAAUUGGGGUACCUGCUUUGCAUCCUGCUACUGUGGAUUUGAGGGGCAAAUCAUAUGAACUGUUGAGUCAAAAUGCAACAAAGUUUUUGUUGGAUGAUGUUUAUAGAAACCCAGGUCCCCUCCAGUUUGAUGGUCCUGGUGCAGAUGCCAAGGCCGUUACCCUUUGUGUUGAAGACCAGGAUUACAUUGGACGUAUUAAGAAAUUGCAGGAAUACCUAGACAAGACAUGCUUUAUUAUUUUAUUUUCAGGUGCGUACAAUUGUGAAGCCUGGUUGCUCACAAGACGUCCUGAAGGCUGCAUUAAGUGCCAUGGCUUCUGUGACUGACAUUCUUUCAGUGAUAUCGUCACCCUCAAGUGUGAGCACACCAUUUUAGAUGAGAACCUAUCAUCUUUUCACAUUGAAAAGAUUUGGAGGAACUCUUGCUUUUGCAGCUGUUUGCCUAGUUGUUUUCUUUUUUCAAUCUUGUAAAAGCCAAAUAAUGUUGAGAAGAUUAUACUUCUUUUUGAGAGUUUGUUGAAGGAUCCAAAUAUUCCUGUGCGUUAAUACAUAUCAUUUUUCUUGA